UCAAUUUCUAUUCUGAGAAGAGUAGUUGAGGAAGGGGGGAAACAGAAAACAAGAGAGGGUCUGCGGGGUAGCGCAGCAAAAUAUCCAUGGGUGGUUGUGUGGGUAGUCAUCAUGAUUCUUCAGGCAGUUUAAACGAAAAUUCAGACGGAACUGGAGUGGCCCUGGGGCGUAACCAGCCCCUGAAGAGAGAGAAGCCCAAAUGGAAGAGUGACUAUCCGAUGACGGACGGGCAGUUGCGCAGCAAGCGUGAUGAGUUCUGGGACACGGCGCCGGCCUUCGAAGGUCGCAAGGAGAUCUGGGACGCGCUCAAGGCCGCUGCCCAGGCCUUCGAGAGCAACGACCAUGAGCUUGCGCAGGCCAUCAUCGAUGGGGCCAGCAUCACUCUACCACACGGUGCUCUGACCGAAUGCUAUGAUGAGCUGGGCAACCGCUACCAGCUGCCCGUGUACUGCCUGUCGCCGCCCGUCAACAUGAUCGAGGAGAAGAGCGAGCUGGAGCCGCUGGAGGCGGCCGAGCCGCCGCCGGCCAGCGAGGGCCAGGAGUGCCCGCUGCGCCUGCGCCUGUCCACGGGCCGCGACCUGCGGCUGGCCGUGCGCACCACGGACACCGUGCAGCACAUGAAGCGGCGGCUGCAGGCGCAGGAGGGCGUGGCGGCGGGCGCCCAGCGCUGGUUCUUCUCCGGCCGGCCGCUCACCGACAAGAUGCGCCUGGAGGAGCUGAAGAUCUCCCGCGACUACGUGGUGCAGGUGAUCGUCAGCCAGCCGCCCGCGCCACUCUCGCCGCAGCUGCCGCCGCAGAACCCCACGCCCGUGGAGAACUAGCGGCCGGAGAGAGAGAGAGAGAGGG